AUGUUGUUAAUGCAAGUCCCAAAAGAAAUUCAUUUAUCGAUUAUAGAAUCAAUUCUAGAAUCUGCCGAUUCCGUUAAUGAAUUAAAACCGCUUUCAUUCACAUGUCGUCACUUCGCAUACCUUUGUCUCAGCGAGAUUUGGAAAAUAAGGCGGUUUACAGAAGACAGUUCAUUGAACACACUUCGUAAUACACUAUCAAAUAAUCCAUUAAUGCCUUAUGGAGAUUUCAUAUUAAGAUUGCAAGUGGAUGAAUAUGAUAAAGAAUCAUCAAUUUGCAUUGAUGCUGAAUUAAUUAGAUUUUUUGCUGAAAAAUGUAAUAAUCUUAAAGAAUUAAUGUUAAGAUUUGCUCUGAACAGUAAAGCGUAUUUACUUCCUUUGGAAUUGCUUGGUGAUCGAUUAACUAAUCUCUCAUUAGUAAAUUAUGAGCAUUUUGAUGAAUAUGCUGAUGGACAAGAAGAACAGAUGGAACUUUCUUCGUUGGUUAAUA